UGCGCGAGAGUCGGCCGUGCGCGUUCGCUACACAAAUUUUACGAAAACUCGGAAAAUUUACCUGUGUUCGGAAUUUCUGUGCUGUGAAACAGAGGUGUUCUGUGCACGUGUGUUUGGAUUUGACGCGUUCGGAAUUAUUUUCGAUCUCUCGCACGAGAGUGGCCGAAAAUGUUCACAUGACAGCGUCACAGCGACUACAACGCCGCAUAAGAUUUGAUGAGCGAUGACACAUCCAGCCACGAAUGAAAUGGAGACGUCCUCGUCCGAGUACAGCGACGAGGAGGUGGGCGUGGUCGCGCGCGGCGUGCGUCUGUGGGUGCGGGGCGUGCGCGCGCACACCACGUGCGCGGACAUCGUGCGCGCGCUGCAAGACGCGCCCGAGGCAUCAGACUACAUAGCGUCAGGCUCAUGGGUGCUGGCGGAGCGGUGGCGCGGUGUGGAGAGGCCUUUACCACCCGACGCGCCCGUGUUACAUGUGCUGGCCGCAUGGGGAGAUGCCAGGCACGAGGUCCGCCUCUCCCUGCGGCGUAUGUCUAGCGGCGGGGAGGACGACUCGGGUCGUGACAGCGACGGUGGAGGCCGAUCCCGGGCGAGGCGACGCCGGAAGACGCGAGCCGGCACCCCGCCGCCGCGAGCUAAGAGCGAGGAUCCAGCGGCUCGUCUCGUCUCCGUCAUACACCACCAAAGCAGAACCAUACACCAGCAGUUGGAUAAACUCAGAGAACAAGAGAAACUCAUCGACCAACUAGAAGACCAAACACACAAAAGCAGAAUGGAGAAGCACGGGACCAACUACCUUCUGGAGUCGUACCUUCGGGACCUGGGCAGGUGUAGCGAAGUGAACGACAGUCAGACAGCGAACAGUGAUAGUGGAGUCGGAGUCGGCAGCGGCACCCCACCAAGAAGACACACCAAACACAAGUCCAGGCGGGAGAGACACCUCAUGAGAGAGCACUACUUCACUAAAGAACUAACACACAUAUGCCAAGUCAACUCCGAAAGACUGAUGCAGCCUCCCAACGACACAGACUCCGACGCUUCGGCGGAUGAGCUAACCAAAAUCAGAGAAGAAAUCGAGCUGCUGGAAAAACUCGCGAUCGUCAACAAAAGGUUACAUCGAGAAGAGGAGCUGGUGGUCAGACUAACGGCCAAGGUCAAAAGGUACAUGGACGAGGAUAGGGCCAACAGCUGCGAAAACACCUCCGAAGUCGCAGUCCUCAUAGACAAAAUAGAGGAGGAACUAACGAAGACGGCUAAAGAGAUGAAGGACAACGCCGUGGAGAUAGAACAAGCGGACAGAGAACUGGAGUUUCGGAGGAAAAUGCUCGAGGAACUGACGCUACAGUUGGAGGAGGAGGAGCUCCAGAACACGAUUCUGGAGAGACAGCUAAACGAGGCUUACAAUAGACAGCCGAUAGUUCUAAAUGAGAGCUACGUACCAGUUCUAGAACAGACGCCGCCUGUAUUCAAGUACAAUCCUAACGGCUACGAGUUGGAUACCCUCGUAUGACAUACACUAAACCUUGUACAAUUUUAAUCCAAAGACGCCUUUAUACAAUCUUGUAGCAAUAUUAUUUAAAAAAAUCGAUAAAAUUUUGUUAUUACCUUGGUAAUAAUUAUUUGUAUAAAUGAGUAUUGGCUUCUUUUAGGACAAUAGCUUUCUGUGGUAUUUUUAUUUGUAAAUAUUUGUCUAUGCUACGAGAUGUAGUUGGCCCCCUGUAUCCAUAGUAUGAGUGACCCGAAAAGAUUUACAAUUAAAUUAAUUUAGUUUUGGCGGAACUCAUUCUAUGGUGAUCUUUUGAAAUUACCAAUUACAAUUAUUCAGUUGUAUACAUGUGUUUAAUUAACUAUAAGCAAUAUAAUGGUGCUAAGAUAUAAGACAAUAUACUAACAUAGUGAUAGCGGAAAAAUAUAUUUAUAUAUACGAAAUACAAAACCAAAAAAUUGUACAACAGAACCACCAAGCAACAUGUAUAUAAAGUACGGUCGUAGAACAUGUAGAAAUUCGUAAGUUGCCGAUUGCCCGAAAUAACGAUGUCUCUUUCAGUCGCGUGCAAAUAUACAUAUUGCUAAAUUGUUUUAACGGAUAUGCAAUAGCAAUAUUUGCGCCAUUAGAAGAGCCAAGCACCAAUGGGUCAAUUACUAAUUUCUCCAUACAGCACGACCGGACUAUAGACCUAGUCAAACUAAUAAACGAAUUAGAAAGAUAGUGACGUACUAAACCCAUUAAAAGAGAAAUAAAAAAUUUGAAAAAUU